UUAUAUAUAGUUCUAAGGACUUUUUAUCACUAUUUAACCAAUUGCUCUUAUGAAAUAAAAACAAAGCAGACUCAUGAACUACAUCUCAAAAAAUAUGUUUUUGUUUUUUUGGUUUGAGCUAAGCUUUUUUUUUUUUUAUUGCAUUACAUGGCAUGAGAAAAUAGUAAACUGGUGCUUUUCUCUGUAUAUUAGACUUGUAUUUGUUUUGUUUUGGUUUUAAGUAAUCCGUGUCUAUGUAAAUAUUUCAUUCUUUAAAAACAAUGAGUUUUCUUUUCCCUUUAACUUUUCUUUUUUAUAAAAUAUAAAUAAAGAUGUCAUAUGGAAAUAUUUAUUGAAAAACCUGUUAAGUGAAAGUAGGCAUAUUAGAGCAGGAAUUGGCAAACUUUUUCUGUAAUGGGUUGGAAGCUAAUAUUUUAGGCUUUGCAGACCUAGAGGUAAAAUCAGGGAUAUUAUAUAGAUAUUAUACAACAAAACAGAAAACAUUUCCACAAUUUUUUGUUGACAAAAUUCAGUCUAAAACAAUACUACUAGUAAUAACAACACCAGUGGCAGUGGAGAACAACAGAGAGAUCUAAAGAAAAGAAUUUUGGGGGAAUAAUGUUUUCCUUAUUUAGGGUUCAAAGUCUGCAUUCCUAUCAAAUCAGUUGUAAAUUUCCACCUGUACAUGCUAAUUUUGAAUGAGAUUUUACAUAUUUCAUUCUUGAAAAUGAAAUCUCUUCACACAGAUAGGUUGUGCCAAACACUGAUGUGAAUCUAGGUGCAUAUGAUAAUUUGGGGGCAUAUCUAUUUUUUCUGAGGCAUUUAUAGAAUUUCAACACAUUAUUUCCUUAAAAUUUGCUUUUAGUAUGUCAUUAUAUUACAUUAAUCAUUGCCAACUGAAGAUUAGGUGGAAGCUCCUCAAAUGUACAGUUAAUUAGACUUUGAAAUAGAUAUCUUUUUUGCACUGCAUUGAAGUACAAAAAUGUUGCAGAAACUGUAGUUUAAACUCAGAAAAUACACCUGCUGCCAAUGUAUGUGGGGUUGAGUUCUCACUUCUCAUUUUAAUUGUUGAUAACAUGGGAAAUAUAUACUUGUGAUUCAGAAACUUAGUUGUAUAAAUGACUUGACUGCAGUUUAAGUUUUGCAUAUAAGUAUUGUUUUGCCCUCUAUCUUGAAUUGAAUUCAUUACAAGCAUUUCAAAGUCUGCAGCAAAAACUAAUUUUCAAAGCUAUUUGGUGUCAGUAACAGUGGUUGAAAGUCACAGACGUUGUUCUCAUUCAGAAAAAAUUCCAUCCUGGCUGGAGUUCAAUAAAUCCCAAUAAACUUUAUCACUGCUAAAUUAUUGAACUGUUAUGUGGUAGGGCAAAUCAGGAUGUUCAUCUUUUAUUUCUGAUAAAAAUUCAUAGAAUUGGCAAUGAUUAAGUCUAUCAGAGUGAAUGAAGUUUUACUCGUGAAGCUACUGGUUUAGUAACACAUGAUAGAUUCAAGUAUAUUUUACGAGGUAUUUGCUGAUUUAAUAAUAUAAUGAAUAAUCAUAGGUUUUUCAGUGCCUUAAUAUCUUUACAAGCUUUGUAAAUCUGUGCUACUAAGUUUCUUUUGGUCUCACACACAUAUUUUUACCACUAUCAGUGGUAAAUCAUCUAACCAGAUUGUACUGCAAGUUAUCAAUUCAUGAUUUCACAACUUUUUUGAAAAUAUUCUUGCUUGUAGUUUCUCACACAACUGUUAAUAGAAGCUUAUCCAUCAACCACAUUACUUCCUUGAUAAACAACAACUGGCAUUAACUCCUUGGUUAAAAGUUGGCUUUCUCUGGACAAGUUUUAAUUUACUCUUCAUUGUCAAAUGCUUUUCUUCUUUGACUAACAAACGAGCUACACAGAAGCUUACUUUGGUGACACCUGCAUUUCAUUUUUGUCUUUUCGAAUAAGAUAUUUCAGGUUUUUCUGACCAUUUCCUUCUUGUUUGAUGGGAAUAUUAUGAUGCAUGUAUAAUCUGGUAGUUUUCUUUUGGCCCAGCUAUGAUGUUAUUGCUUAAUAAUAACACAGUGCUUCCUGUCAAAUAUAGGACCUUUUUCAAUUAAUUUACGAAAGCAGCCAACAUGACCUAGCAGUCAUAGGUCAUCUUCUGGAAUAAUAAUGAUGUCCCAAAAUACCAAGUAAGUUCUUCAAGAUGUACUUGGGACACUUUUUCUUCCCAUGUAAAAUGUGAAGGGAUCAAUGAAGUGAAAAUAUUUUCUUUGGUUUUGCAUAUAUGGUAGAGCCAAGAAGACACCUAAGAACAUAAUUCAAGUAAUCAUUCCACAAAAGGUGAAAAUUUGAAUGUUAGAGGAAGUAUUUUAAAAACCCAUAAAGCAAAGAAGCAUUAUAAAUAUUUUACUCUGUAGAAGAGGGUAUUACAAACUGAAGAGUACAUUAGUAAUUUUAUCAGAAGUAUUUUACCCCUAAUGUCAUUAACUACAGUUAGUUGCAUGUGUCCUUGAAAGUAUAAUGCAAAAAUAACAACAGAAAAUCAUUUAACAUACACAUUUUAGGAGGGAAAAAGUAUUUGUAUGAGUUAACACAUACUUGAUUUCAAAGUAACACAUUCAAAUUCUGAGGACUAAGACCAGCUUAAUUUUGUUAAAAGUUUCAACUCUUAGCAAAAUACAUCUGUCUGGUGCUGUGUAAUGAGAAAAACAUGUCUGUUUUACAUUAACAAUUAUUGUACUUUUAUUACCAGCCAACUUAUUUUUUGUUCAAUGUCUCAGCUGCAAACCAUAAAACAGAUGUGACCAAUUCCUACAGGAGUUUUUUUCUAUAGUCAACAAAUAACUUUGCUAACUUCUUCUAUUUCCCAUAUAAAAAGGAAGUUUCUUUAGGCAUUCGGUAUCUUAUUAUUUAAAGAUUCAAAUGACCCAUUACUAUAUUGACAAUGAAGAAAAGGAAAACAAGAUUCAGGAAACGAUGGAUGACAGUCUUUAUAAAACAUUUCUGUCUUAUCACACCCUAAAUGAUUAUGACUUCAUAUAACAGUAACAUGUCUGAAAGUUAUCUGUGAAGUUAUUAGAAAAUGAAAUCACAUUCUCCCAUUUUAUUAUCACUCUUGCUUAUACUAAGUCCACACGUUCUCCUUCUCACACUUCCUUAACUGUUUGCAUUUAUCAGUAAAUGAAUGGCUAAUUAACAAUCACCUGGGAUGGCUAAUUCAUGAAAUUGUGUGUUUCAUAGAUAUCAACACAAGUCAAUAAUGGGAAUGACAGCUAAUUUGUGAAAACUGUCUCAUAGACACCAACACAUGUCAAUAAUGGGAAAGUAUAUUCAAAACAAGGAGAUUUAUUGUUAAAAAUAUAGUUCCAUGGCUUCCAUGUGAGUAAUUUUGUAUUUUUAUUACUGGAUUAAUAUGCACUAGGCAGCUUCUGAUAUUGAAGUGGUCUAAAGCUUGCUCUCUUGAGGUCGUUGUAAUAUGAUCCUCUUAAGUCUCUCAGCCUUCUCAUCUUCUAAAUCUGCUUCCCUCAAUUCUCUAGCCUUUUUGUCUUUACUCUUAUUCUGCUCUCUAUUCUACAGAGAAAAAUGUUAAUAUAUUUCUUUGGGGAAAGGGGUACUUGCUCAGGAUUCAUUUGAAUAUGGUAGUAUUAUAAACACAUACUUUAUUUGAGAUUCUUUAACUUGAGAUUCUGAGAUCCAAAGUGUUACUCAGUUCAGUUCAGUCACUCAUCGUGUCUGACUCUUUGUGACCCCAUGGAUUGCAGUACACCAGGAUUAAAGAAGUUUACAUUGUUAAGACAAGGUUCUUUUCAUCUGGAAGUUUUAGUUUGCAUUAAGUUAUGUAUUGGAAAUAUUAGACAGUUCUUCCUUUUCUUGUUGUUUGUCUUUUAUCAGUUUUUAAAAAUUGCUUGCUGGCUAAUUAUUUACCCAGUGGAAAUCCUCAUAAUAUGCUAACAUGCGAGAUUAAUGUUUUUUGACAGGAUUAAUGUUUUUUGACAGUAUUAAUUGAGAAAUCAACCCAAAUAUGCUCAGUAAAAACUCAAAUUUGAGAGAUGUUAAAUAUGAGAUUGUAUUUUUAACUCUGCAAACUGGGUGGGGUUAUUGAUGACUAACAUGGUUCUGUUUUUCAUCAGUUACUAAAUUCCAAAAGUAUAACAACUUUGGAUCAGUUGCUUUUGUAUUCAAACACUCUUACAGUUUCAAAGCUGGUGUUGCUUAGAAACCUGUAUAAACACUUAAUGUCUUCUCCAAAGGAAGAAAUAAAAAAAAAAAUCUUCGCAUAAUUUUUAAGUGAGAUAAUUGUAAAACUAGACCAAAAAUACAUAUAUUUAUUUAAAAGCUCUGGAACUGUUUAGAAAAUUCUUAAAGAAAUGAAAAAGUAUUUAAAUUUGUUAUAGUAUUAGAAAUAAUAUAUACAUAUAUAUGUGCUUACUCACUUGGUUUACUGACAAAUGAACCAUGUAAAGAGUUGCUCUUACAUUCCUUUGUAUUGAGCUACAUUGUAUCUGAAACUAAUAUUGGAUGGUGAAAUUGUAUGUUUAUGAUUUAUCUUGAAUUUAGAAUACAGAGGAACAGAACUAAAAAGUAACUUGUCAUUUUCGCAUGCAUGCAUGCUCAGUCAUGUCUAACUCUUUGUGACCCUGUGGACUGUAGCCCACCAGGCUCCUUUAUCCGUGGAAUUUUUCAAGCUAGAAUACUGGAGUGGGUUGCCAUUUCCUCCUCCAGGAAAUCUUUUGGACCCAGGGAUCGAACCCUCAAUGCAUGAAAAAGGGACUUCUGUUCAUUGGGUAGUCAUGAGCUGUGGUCCUUAGGCUAGAAAAAAUACUCACUAAGUUUGUUACAUUUUCAGUGAUUCUGGGGCCUGGCAGUGCAGUAAUUAGAUGAUCAAGUCCCAGUCUCUGUGGAAAUUAACACUAUGGCUGCAGAUUGUACAGGAUGCACACUUCCUAUUCAUUAGGUACGUGGAAGCCCAUGGAUGGGAAAGGACCCUUUGAGGAUGAACAUCAAUAGAAUCAACAAGCUGAUCAGACUUGCACUGCCCAGGUACUACUGAACGAG